AUGCUCAUCAUCGGUCUCACCGGCUCGAUCGCCACCGGCAAAUCGACCGUCUCCAGACUGCUCUCGUCGCCGCCGCACAAUCUCCCUAUCAUCGACGCGGAUCUCCUCGCGCGCAAGGUCGUCGAGCCCGGCACGCCGGGCUACCGAGCCAUUGUCGAGUAUUUCGGGCCUAGCACGCCGGACCUGCUAUUGCCGGCGGACAACAGCUCAGAUGGCAGCGACAGCAAACAACAACAGCAACUACGACCAUUGAACCGCGCCGCGCUGGGCCGACGCGUCUUCGGCGACAGCGAGGAGCGGAAGCGCGACCGGAUGGUGCUCAACAAGAUCGUCCACCCGGCCGUGCGGUGGGAAGUGUACAAGGCGCUGGCGUACCACUACCUAUGCGGGCAGUGGGCGGUCGUGCUGGACGUGCCGCUGCUGUUCGAGAGCGGCAUGGACGUGAUCUGCGGGACGGUGAUGGUUGUCGGAGUGCAGGAUCCGGCGGUGCAGAUGCAGCGACUGCGCGCACGCGACCCCCAUCUCACGGCCGAAGACGCCGAGAAUCGGGUCCGGAGUCAGGUCGACGUGCGUGAGAAGGUCGAAAAGGCGAGAUUCCGGAAUGGUGGCGGCCAGGACAAGGGCGCCCGGGGCAUCGUCGUCUGGAACGAUGGCGACAAGGCCGAUCUGACGAGGGAGGUCGACAAGGCGAUGCAGACCAUCCAGCAGUACAGUCCGCGGUGGUGGUCGUGGUUGUUAUUGAUUGCUCCGCCGCUGGGUGUUGCUGCUGCGGUGUGGAAUAUGGCAGUGAAUUUCUUCCUUCAGAGGAGCUGGGAUCAGAAGAAGAAACGGGAGAAAGCGAGUCUAUAG